UGGCUUCACUCCCAAGGUGCCGUCUCUAGUUUCGUCUCGUUUAUUUUUAAGAUCAUGUCCGCCUCUGAGAAUUCCACAAUGAAAGCAGUUCUUUAUAAGCCUGGAGGUGUGGAAAACCUAUAUACGGGUACAGUGGCGAAGCCUUCAGCAGAGAAAACUCAAGUAUUAAUCCGCGUUCGCUACUCAGCGAUUAACCGAGCUGACACAUUGCAGCGUCAAGGUCUCUACCCCCCUUUGCCGGGGGAAUCUGAAAUCUUAGGAUUGGAAGUCUCUGGUUUAAUAGAGGAGGUGGGCGAUGAAUGUGUUGGAAAAUGGAAGUAAGUUCUUAUGUAAAGCAGCUGGGGGAUUAAACAAAAUCAAUCAUCUGAAUGCUCAAAAAGCUUGUUGCUAUAUUUAGGCUACUCUUCAAAAUACCCGCGGGAAAUAAACUUGGGCGUCACAAAACUGGAACAAAUUUAAGCGGCUAAAGACAAUUUUUGACCAAUUAAUCAAUAUUAAGAUAAUACUAUUUCACUAGUUCACUUGAUUUCUAGCAAUGGAAGACGUUGUCAAAAAUAAUACCAUCCUAGUUAGACUGUCCAAAUGAGAGGUAGAUUGGACGUACUAGUGUUACCCAUUGUAAUCCCGGGAAUGUAAUGUUUGCAUAAUUGGUAUUAGAUAAAUGGUUUGAAUCUAGGAGUCAUAUCAUAAAUAGCGUGGCAUGUGAGCGUCCGGGUGAGUGUAUUCCGUGUGGAACUACACUCCCACGGUCGACAAUAAACAGUCGAUCACAGGUCUACAAGCACUGCACCUUGACGAUCAUAGUCCACCCCUUGACAAAUCAAGUCUGGUGAGAGCCUAGAUCUCCUGAGAUCCACCUCAAUCGACUCUCGAUGUGGCUACGCAUAUCGAGGUCCUUUUUUAGUGUCUACUUGCAGUGAAAUGACUACAGUGUAGUAUGUAUUAGUAUGAUCCAGUGUGAAGAAGCAUUGAUGCAUAAAUGUGCGGUGAUGCAGUGAAAGCGCCGCAACAAUAGAGAAAACGGGUGACUUUUGUCAAACUCUGGCUGAAAUGUGAUGAAGCAGAUUGUUGUAGUUGAAGGGUUCAACCAGUAAUCAUUUUCACAAAUAAAGGGAAGUAAAAGAGAAAGAAAAUAAGUUGCAGAUUUCAACAUUGAAUCGGGUCUUUUACGCUAGCGAGUAACUGUUGCAGUUUGAAAAACUGGGCAUUAGUAAAAUUUCGAGAUCGGAGCACAGAUCUUAUUCCGGAGUAAGGAUUAGAUAUAACGAUGAUGCAGCAGUUAUAUAAGGGAGAUGUCUUAACUACAUGUUAAGUCGCUUUUUUUUCCUGAAGUUCUAGCAGAAUCAGUUGCAGACAUGUUGCGUUCCAAAACUUACCGCCGAUAUGAGUCCGCCAUCGUCUUUGUUUAAAAUUCUCCCACUGAGAAAAAAAUGCUGCACUGUUAUUUCACAUCGUGACUGCAAAACGUCUUUCAUUUGUCUUUUUUUAAAUUAAAUUUGCAAAAUUUUACUUUGCCCUCAUGCACCGCGCAUGGCUCUGAGGAAAGAACGACACCAUUUCACGUCUGUCUAGGAUCACCCACCCUAAUAACUGGGCUUGCAAGGGCCAUCCCGUGUUCUUUUUCAGUUCAUUAUUACUUCUUUCAAUGUGUUGAUUUCAUUUUCACACUCCAGUGAUAAAUAUAAUUAUGAGCAAAACUCCUUUUAUUUUAUUUUCGCCAUUGUCUAAUUUACCGGAGAAGCAAGACAAGGCCAAUAUGCCUUAAUUGGCUUCUUGGCUCGCUGAUCACAAAACGAGCUGUAGCAGCUGUAAAGCAAACGUAACCACACCGGUGAUGGCUACGAGCGCAUGGCAAAAAAAUCACUGGGCUCAUAAUUCCUGGUCUGCCUUAACCUGCGAUAGGGCGUCCUUUUUGCGGGGAUAGCGCGAAAGUCGGCGGACGGCGGGUAAAGGGGUAAAAGAACGCCCCUUUUCACCUCGCCUAAGGACCGCCUGAUCGUAGGUUGGGUCUCCAAGUAUUUGCUAAAAACGGAAAGAAACCGGGGCUGGAUGUGCGUGAACGGAGAAGUAAAAGGAUUCCUCAGUUAUCAUUUCCGAGCCACCUGAAGCGAAGUAUUUGCUCUAAAACGGCCUCACACUUCAGUUCUCGUAUAUCUCUCUGUAAUCGCUUCUAUCGUCUAAACUCGCAGUCGUCCGCUGCCAUCAUUUAAGGAGCUUUAGCAACUUUUUUUACGACGGCGACGGCACCGACAACGUCAAAAAGCAAUAGGUUUAUUGAGUAAAACAACAAGUUUGAACGUGCAUCAAUCUUUUUGGUAUAUUUCUGGCUGUCACUGCACGACUACGACGUGAAAAUGCCUAAUUUGACGUUUCAUGGAGUACACGUAAACAAGCGACGAAGAAUUUGUCUUUCACUUUCCAAACUUAAAGGAGGUCCCAAAUAAAUCAGCUCCAGGGAAAUUGCCUACAUUUGACAUUUUCAACAAACUGGAAAAAACAUGACAAAGUGAGAAAAAACUCGAAUUCAUUUUUAAAGUGAUGUUCUCGCUGCCGUCGCCUUCGUCGAUGCAAAAAACUCCCUAUUGGGAGCUUACAAACACGGCGAUGCAGAAAACCAUGCGAGCGACUGUGAGAAAGUCUAACGGCGAUGGCUACACGAGGCGUCACUUAAAAAGUGAAGUCGCGCGGCUUCAAACUUUAUCGCGCUUAUACCAUCUCGUUCAGUAUGAGUUCGUCAAAUUCUGGCAAAAUCUCUGGAGUUGAACUCCAAAAGACUGUAUCGAAGUUCAGGAGAAGAAAAAGAGAGUCGUGUUGUGUUCACGUCCUCCACAAAACGUGAAAUUAGGGAGUUUCACGUUGUAGUCCUGCGGAGACGGCAAACGGAAUUAUGUACAAACUAGAAAGAACGUAUCUCUCCCUCGGUGUGGCGCUUAAGUUAAUUAAGCCGGCUGCUGGGCGCGGUUGGAAACUUGCUCCCUUCUGGCCUCAUAGCUCAGUUGGCAGGGAACUUAUAAUCCGGAAGUAUGUUGUUAGAUUACCGCUCCUAAAAUUGAAAAAAACGAGGGAUGCUCUAUUGCCCGCUUAAAUAGCAUGACCCCGCGACUAGUUAUAUAGUCUUUUAACAUAGCCCUUCUUUCCUUAGCUUCACAAAGUAAUUUUAGGCACUGUUACGUUCUUUUUUGUAGGAAAGGUGACCAAGUUAUGGCCUUAUUAGGAGGUAAGGAAUGCUAACAGUUUGAAAUACACAAUCAUUAUACGUUUCUGGAAACUGCCCACCUACCCUUCCCCUAAGUCAGCAUUAACAGACGAAACUAAGCCUCUGAUUAAGUCCGUGUGCGAAUCAGCGCGGAAAUCCUUGUUCUGGGCCCCACCUGUUUACCAGGAUUUGAGUACGCGCCAUGAUUGGUCUGUUUAAAAAGCCAUUGUUGAUUAGCCAAUCAGGAUGAAAGAAAAUUCGAAACGCGCUUCCGGUAAUUAGUUGAGUCCAUCGGGAGCCCAGAACAAGGAAAUCGGUGCUCCCUCUAGUCUCCUUCGCAGCCGUUAUAAGGGUCGUCACGCAAAGCUCCUCCCGACUAGUUAGUUGGGAGAAGCGUUGCGUGACGACCCUAAUAACGGCUGCGAAGGAGACUAUGCUGCCUCUCACUAACCAAGGUUAAAUUAUGUCUCCAACACAGGCUACCGUCGUUGUUGCUUUUAAGGAACUCCCUACGUAUUGUGAACGGCCUCUCUAAACUACCUUCUAAAUUUUUUUUUUGUUAUUGUUUUUAAAGGUGGAGGUUAUGCAGAGUAUGUGGCUGUUGAUGAAGCACUUGUAAUGCCUGUCCCAGACUCUUACAAACUCUCGGAUGCUGCAGCCAUCCCUGAAGUUUGGUUAACAGCAUAUCAACUGUUGCAUUUUCUUGGCAAAGUUAAAAGCGGCGAAGUAGUAUUAAUCCAUGCCGGGGGCAGUGGCGUUGGUACUGCUCUGGUACAACUGUCAAGGUUAGCCGGAGCAAGGCCUUUUGUUACUGCAGGAUCAGAGGAAAAGAUUAAGAUGGCUGAGUCACUAGGAGCUGAAGGAGGCUUCAACUACAAAACAGGAAAUUUCUCCAGUUGGGUGGAAAAUGUUACAAAUGGUACUUGAUGUUGUUAAUUUAUAAUGGUAAUAGGACUGAGUGGAGUCCAAUUCGGUCUGUAAUCAUACGAGUGAAUAACGAAAUCAGACGACUGCAUAGCGGGAGUUUGAUUUGUUUAAUCAUGAGUAUGAUUUCAGACCAAAUUGGACGACACGAAGUCCUGUUACCAAUUAAUCAUAACUAUAACAAAAUUUGUUAUAUUUUAGACUUUUUUCUUAUUAAAACACAAGAAAUUCCUGGAGUUUUUUUUUGCUAGCAGUGAAAAAAGGCCAUUUAAGCACGCGUGUGCGAUGGCGCGUACUGUCCCAUUACACCGUCCUAUUAAAAAAGCGAAGAGUUGAUAGCCAAUCAGAUUUUGAGAAUUUUGUUAUAGUUAUGAUUAAGGAUGAACAAAAGUAAAAUCGUGGGUGCCAGAGUUUUUUUUCUCACUUGCAGUGGAAUACUUCGGUGUUGCUCGCAGGAGACAGGUGACUUGAUCGAAACAAGGAACGCCGCUUGAAAAGCCUCUGGCAUCUAGUGUAUUCCUGAGAUUGCAACUCUGUGAAACUGAGCCUGUAUGCAGAUGUCCCCUACCCCGCUUAAUGGACACCUCAGUAUUAUGCACAGUUAGCUUUGUCUCUGAAGAAAGACAGCCCUCACAUUUCCUCUAAAUUCAACCCGCUCAGUACGGAGACCCCGUUAAUAAGGACACUUUCUAUGGCCCCCACAGUGUCCGUACUAACAAGGUGUGACCAUAUCAUAUUAUUUUUCUGUCUCAAGAGCCUGUUCAUGCUCCCAUUUUUCCCUCACCCUGCAGAAAGAAUAUAUUUCAACCUAUCUACAUUUUCUGUUUGUACAGUCACAUAGCAUAGAUUUAAUGCUUUAUCAAUUCACGGUACUUACCAUUAAUACGUGUAUUCUCCCAGGUCAAGGAGCAAAUGUGAUCCUUGAUUGUGUGGGGAGCUCAUUCUGGGAACAAAAUAUAAAGAGUAUUGCUGUUGACGGUCAUUGGAUCUUGUAUGGAUUGUUGGGUGGUAAUAAUGUCUCAGGUAACCUCCUUGGACCUGUCCUCAAGAAGAGAGUUUCACUUAUAGGGACAACACUCAAGAGUAGACCACUUCCUGUAAGUUAUUAUUCUCUGAAGUAUUAGGAUCAGAAUAAAAUGGAGCUAGAGAGAAAAAUCAUAAAAAGAAUCAUCUUUUUAGUAAGAUUCAUGUGGUAACAUAUUUGUUAGCCAGGCACAGGCGUUGAAACUUAAAACCUAACAGACUGAUGCAUACCUCAAUCCACCCACUGAACCCUUCCCGCCCACUUCCAGAAAAAAACGUUUAUUGCAUCAAAUUGUGCUGUGUAGGAGGGUUUUACACGUUCACUAUGUUACUAGUUAUUUCUUUGUGUCUGCGCGUGAAAAGCCAAGGGAUGAGGGAAUUUACAAUCUAACAACGGAAACGAGAACGUCCCUAAAAACUGAAUUUGCGUUCUUUCAGUCAUACUUUGUCAAAGUAGGCGAACCCUCCUGAAGUUUAAUUCCAAGUGACUCUAUCCAAGUUCAAACCAGUACAAACUGUAAGUGGUGGAAGUGAGCGUGUACCACCUUUCAUUACCUAUGGUGCCUCACUGUACUUUUUGAUCAUUUUGCAGUACAAAAAAGAGCUGGUAGAGGAGUUUUCAAACAGAAUUGUUCCACAGUUUGCAAAUGGGACACUCAAGACUAUAGUGGAUUCAGUUUUCACCAUUGAUGAAAUCCAGCUAGCUCACAAAAGAAUGGAGUCUAAUGAAAAUAUCGGAAAAAUUGUUUUACAAAUAAUGUAAGACUGUCAAAUAUGACCUCUAGCCAAGAAGAGUCAACUUUAAUUUCUCCAUUUUUUUUUUUCAAUCUUUAUUUCUUUUAUUUAUAUAUUUAUGAUUGCUUUUAUUGUACAUAUAGCUCAAGAGAGGAAUUUUGUGUUAAGUACCCAAAAAGAAUAGCAAAUAGUGAGAGAGACUUUGCCAGUAGCACUUUAAAUGUAUUUCUGGCCACUUGGGGAACUUAUUAUAGCAACAACGACAGUGGUGGCAACAAAUUGAAGCAACAUAUAUAGGUUUAACAAGCAAGACAACAACUCUGUACCUGCAUAACAUAUAGUUUUCAGUUGCUUUCCAGAACAGUUAGUUUCUCUGCUGUCACUUUCCAUCACAUUAUCUACAGAAUAAACCAAAGAGGAGCAUUUUGAAAUUAAAGAUAAUAAAAAGCUUUAAAGGUCAAUAGGUAAUACUUUCUGGUCACAUUAAACCGUAGCUCUCUUGACCUUUGAUAUUAAGUGCUUUAAAUUUCUUCAUACAAUAAGACUAGAAUAAGUUGCGAAAUUUCAUUUGAGUUUUAAAGUUUAAGUAUACUUUCAUAAAAGGAUGCAAAUCCUUCUCUUUUUUGUGCACAGUUUGCUUGCACUUGCAAUGUGGCCACUAUGGCUAAACCAAGAAACUGCUGUCCUGACCAAGGGCCAUAAAUGUAGCAACCAUUUUUUCUUUAUGAUCCAGGAUUAUUUGAUAAAGCUCAGAAGCUGUUGGCUUGUCACAAGCAAGUAGAAUGUUAUGGUACUAUGGAAGAAAUUUUAGUUGACUACUGUUCUUGUACCAUUUAUGUUUAUUUAUAUUUUCCUUUAAAUUGGUUCAGACAAAGGGAAACAAACCUUGUGUGACCAUUAAACUUGAUGUUCAUCACUUGAAAGAGUUACAAAAGACAAGGAUCUGCUAGGGUGGUUCAGUGUGCUACCCCCCCUUAUAAUUAUAAUUUCUGAUACCUAAAACUGAGAAGAGUGCCCUCUUUGCACGAUAAACCAUUCUUCUGUGAUCCUUUCAUGCCACUAUAAUAUUUCUUAUGGUCUUCCCACUUGAGAAACCUACCUGUCGUUAAAUGCCUGACAAGACUGACAACAAGAUCCCACUCCCAUACAAUAAACUCUACAUAUCUAUGUUUUAGAAUGCCAUGAGUACUCUCUUUACUAAAAUCCAAAUCUGGACUUUUUAAUCCAAACAAGGAUAUUUUGUUUCUUUACUAAACUCCAAAAACAGAUUAUUGAUUGAAAUGAUCCACAAUGGAGGUGGAUUCUUUUGAUGACCUUUCAUCAUAUCCAAAACCUAAUACUUUGAAUACAUGAUCCGCAGUGUUUCUUUACUGUGUAUCCGAAAAGAAUGAAUAUUGCCAGUGGUGACUCAAAACAAUUUUAAUACAUACAUCAGCUUUUUGACAAGACUGCUUAUCUUUACGGCCAUUUUGGAACCAUAGCCAUGAAUGGGUGGGCUUACAGCCCCGUAAGAAAGCGAGCUCACCUCAUACUCAUAGUAAACAAGCUCCGUAAUAUAAAGAGUUAGCCCUGUUAGAAAUCCAUCAACUGUUUCAAUUUUGACUACCUUCAGCUACAAACAUCGAUUUCAAUCAACCACCUGAAGCGUUCCAUUUAUACUUGGCCACACUUUGCGCGAGCAGUGUGAAAGAGCAGGUUUAUUAAUGGCCAUGGUGGUGAAGUCCAGUUUCGGUUGACUCCAAGCACUGUCCAAAGGAUAAAGACCGAGCACCGCCAUCCGCCAUCUUAAAAUUGCGCCCGCGAUCGAUUGCGAUGUUUUCGUGAGAACAAAAACCUUCAAGUAUCUUUGUCAAUGUGUACCAUGCAUAGUUCCAGGCUUCUCUCGGUGGAAAGAUGACUCAUAUUACAAAAGAAGUCGCACGUCUGUGUUUCAUAUCGUUCAUUCUUGAAAUCGUGCGUAUGUCUGGGAAUUCCACAAUGAGAGCAGUUCUUUAUAUGCCUGGUGGUGUAGAAAAUCUUUAUAUUGGUACAGUAACAAAGCCAAAAGUAGAGAAAACUAAGGUGUUAAUCCGCGCUCACUACACGGCGAUCAAUCGAGCUGACACAUUACAGCGCCGGGGGCUGUAUCCUCCUCCUCCGGGGGAAUCAGAUAUCCUGGGGUUGGAAGUUGCUGGUGUGAUAGAGGAGAUUGGCGAGGAAUGUGCUGGAAAGUGGACGUAAGUAUUUAACACAGUUAACAUUUGCGUCGAUAUCUAUGGAGGGAGCAUAUGGAUCUGGAACCCCCCCCCCCCUUCGCCACCUCCUCCCCAGGGGGAUGUCCAUUUUUUUUAUCCUAACCCCCCCUUUAAAGAUGACUGGAAACCAAACAAUCAAAUUUUUGUGGGCGCCCUUUGAAAAAUUUGUCUGCAUUAAGGGACAAAAUUUUGUCGGCAUCUCUGAAAAAAAAAAAUCAGCAACCCCUAUUCAAAAACCCGUCAUCCUUACAGGGACAGGGAAAAGGGAGUCAAGAAAGGAACUGUCUGAAGAUUAUUGAACAUAUUGGGCAAAUACGGAGGGGAUUAUCAUGUUCUAGUGAAAUUAUUGCCCAAAUUAUCACAUAAUUUGCCCAUUGUUUGUUUUGUUGUAAGUUGUUUUAACCUGGGCACCAUGAAAAGCUAUGUUUGGUUUUGUUUGUUGAAUGAAUUAUUUCUGCUCUUUUUCUUCUUUUUCCUUCUCUCUCUGUCACACAAUGUUGCGUGACAGACAGAGAGGUACCGUAACUGCUACCGGUAGUUCUUGAUGUGACAGGGAUAUAAAACAGAAUGACACUGAUGAAGAAUAACUGGGGGAAGGCAAGGAACUACACAGCCUGUACUGAGUCCAUGAGGAUGUCUGAGUUAUCCUUAUGGGUCUGACUGCGUCAAGAAAAUUAAACCUGGCUUUAUUUUCUUAACUCACUGCUGGUAUCUAUUUGACCAGUCCAAGUGUAGGAUUUAUCAGAUACACUACUAUAAACAUUUUUAAAAAGAUUUUCUUUUUUUUAAUUCAGUACAAAGGAUUGUUAUGAUCACUGUUUUCUUUUCUUGUUUUUUUUUCUUUCAUAGGAGAGGUGACCAUGUUAUGGCCUUGUUAGGUGGUGAGUACAAAAAUUUUGUUAUUUCUACCCACUCGAAGGAUAUCUGUGUUUGAAGUAAGAGUCACCAAAUCUCCCAGAUAAAAUUGACUCUCAGGCUUUUCUAAUUCUAUGCCUUAGUUUGGAAUUAAGCCCAUUUAAUUUCUUCAAAAAUUUUACUUUUUUAAUUGACAGCAGACUUUCGGCGGCAAAUUGCAUAAAUUUCUUCACUGAUGGAGAUUAUUUUUGUCAUUACAAUAAUUAUAAAAGUGAAUUUUGAUGGUUUGUUCUUUGCCUUAUAAAAUGUCCUAAGCCAAUAAUGUACCGGUAUCAUAAUUUGGGCACUGGGUCAAGUGGUGUUUUAUAUCAGAGUAUUGGGGGGGUUGAUAGCCUGAAUUUCAGACGAUUACUGAGGGAGUAAAAACGACUCGAAGUAAUUGUCUGAAAUUCAGGCUAGGGGGGUGGAGUGAAGAACAAACAAUAGAGUUCAUCUCCGCAGGCACAAAAAAAUACAUGACUAUGUUUUGGGCCCGACUCAGCCUCAUUUUGAGCCACUAGGUGAAUGUUAAAAUGAGCCCUACAGUAAGUAGGGCCCUAAAGAGAGCAUGGUACUCAUGUAAGACAUCUAUUUAAGUUUACAAUGUACAAUGUUAGUCAGGGCUGUAGUUUAAAUAGCUAGAGGCAAGACAAGGCUGUAAAUUUUGAUUCUUUAUUGAAUAAAAUACAUUCAGUCUUCUUGAACUUAGACUACGAGUAGUCCCCCAUUUUUCCUCAGAGUUAGUAGAGCGUGCUAAAUGCGAGCGCGCGUGAAAAUCACCCCACGCGAGAAAAGGCGACACGCGACGGGGAGAGAGAAAAAUGAGGGACUACAGACAAAGCCCAAGCUUUUGAACUAAUGCGUUGCUCUCACAACGCAAAACUCUGAUUGGCUCUUCCAUGGAAAUCUGUCAACAUCUGUCAAGAACGCGCCAGCCGCUAUCAACACUCGACAUAAUCACAAUUUACAGAACAAAUAACUAGAGCAGAACAAAUAACAGCACAGAACAAUUAACUAGAGUUGCUCUUGUAGAAGCAACUAAGCAGAGAGCCAACCUGGCAACUGAGGAGGUUCGCGUGAGGAACCGAAACCAUGGUCUUGCCUGAUCACGAAGUGGGAAUAACAGAACAGUCGCAAGGCUGUUAAGCUAAUUCAAAAGUUAUCACCAAGGGAGGAACUACGUGCUCCAGCCCAAAGACUCACAUUAUCUUCAGAAAAACAAGCGGCAGUUAAAAUUCAUGAGCAGUCAAGACUGAGUCGCAUCGCAGUUCUCUAUAGUUAAUGUAGUUUUAGUUUAAGCUGCAAUCCAUUCUUUGAGAUUUGGAUAUCAUGAUCCGUCCUGCUAAAAACGCUAACGAGCUGGGCCCAGCGUGACAAAACAUUGCAGAAAACCGUCACAUUCACGGCCAAAAAGAAAAUCGCUUAAAAUUAUUCAGAUCCAGGAGGCAAUCGCUGGAGAAAUUAAACAACCCAAAACCCUUAUUUAGCCGCAUUAAAGAACUUUACUUUUCAAAAGAGGUCAAAGAAAAUCCUCUUGCAUCAGAGGGCAAAUCAUGCCGACCAUAAACAAUAACUGCAGAAAAUUAAUAUGCGUGUCACGACCUCUCAGUAUGAAAUAAGCGGCAAAAAUCACAUUUGCUCAGUCAAAACGUUUUCCUCCAGAGCAGAAUCUACCCGUCUGAAAAAAAAAAUUCAUUGGAACAAGCAGCGUUUUGGCAUGAGUUAAAGUCGUGUGUUGCCUACACUAUCAAGUUCUUCUCGCGAAACAGCCGUAAAGAAAAUUAGUGUCUGGGUUUUCUUUUGCUUGCAAUAAAUAUCCCCCGCAGUUUACCGAUGACAAGAGCAAUGACAGCUCAAUAAGUUAAGGGAAGGAAUCCCAUUGGAUACGCUUAAUUGAUUUGGAAGGGGAUAGGAACUUCACACUCCAAAAUCAGUCGGCCGUGAUGGGUCAAAAGCUUGGGCUUUGUCUGUAGUCCCUCAUUUUUCUCUCUCCCCGUCGCGUGUCGCCUUUUCUCGUGUGGGGUGAUUUUCACGCGCGCUCGCGUUUAGCACGCUCUACUAUCUCUGAGGAAAAAUGGGGGACUACUCGUAGUCUAUCUUGAACUAGAUUGAUAUAAAAGAAAAAAGAAAGAAAAGUGUCCCCAGACCCUCCUAAGGGCCUUGCACCUUCGACAAUCACCCCAGCUAUGCCAAAAGUCUGGCUACAGCGCUUAUAGUACUGCUGAAAAUUGAAGGAACAUGUUUUAACUACCUUCUAACUUUACUAUAAAUAAUUGUUUUUAAAGGUGGAGGCUAUGCAGAAUAUGUGGCUGUUGAUGAAGCACUUGUAAUGCCUGUCCCAGACUCUUUCAAACUCUCGGAUGCUGCAGCCAUCCCUGAAGUUUGGUUAACAGCAUAUCAACUGUUGCAUUUUCUUGGCAAAGUUAAAAGUGGUGAAGUAGUAUUAAUCCAUGCCGGGGGCAGUGGCGUUGGUACUGCUCUGGUACAACUGUCAAAGUUAGCUGGAGCAAGGCCUUUUGUUACUGCAGGAUCAGAGGAAAAGAUUAAAAUGGCUGAGUCACUAGGAGCUGAAGGAGGCUUCAACUACAAAACAGGAAAUUUCUCCAGUUGGGUGGAAAAUGUUACAAAUGGUACUUGAUGUUCUGGCUAAAAAUGAUUCCUAAACUUGCUAAGAAUUAUGUACUAUGGAUGUACACAUCACCUAUGUUUUCCAGUGUAUUACAGUUGAACCCUACUUUACAGACACCUGCUUAAUACGGACACCUUGUUACUAUGGGUAGUUUUCCUUGUACCUAGCCCUUAUAUUUUCUCUAAAUUCAGCCCACUUAACACGGACGCCGCGUUAAUAUAAGGACAAUGGCCCCCUCAGUGUCCGUAUUAACAGCGUUUGACUAUAGUUUGAAAUUUACAAGCCAGCUUACAGGGCUAGAAGUUUUUGUUAAAAUGGGUUGAAACCUUAAUUUGUUGUUUGCUUGAGUGAAAUUCUAAGCCUGUUCUUUUCCCCAAAUGCUCAAAAGGAUCUGUUGCUAAUGGAUACAGAGAGGUGUAGAGAAGUGACCAGCACACAAACAUAACUUGCUUUGAAACUCAAUCUUGAUCUGAUCGUUGAUGUUCAAACUAAAGGUUCCUUUCAAAGUCUUAGGGGACUAAAGAUACAUCUUCUAACAUCUCACUCUCAUGGCAUUAUAAUCAACCCAAAAAAUAAGAAAAUGAAAAUAAGAAAUAAAUAAGAAAAGAAAUAAAUAAAGAAAAAAAAUUGCUUAACUGGCGUUUCCAUGCUUAAAUUAAGAUCUAUUAUUAUUUUAUUUUCUUCCAGGUCAAGGAGCAAAUGUGAUCCUUGAUUGUGUGGGAAGCUCAUUUUGGGAACAGAAUAUAAAGAGUCUUGCUGUUGAUGGUCGUUGGAUCUUAUAUGGUCUUUUGGGUGGCAGUUAUGUCUCAGGUGACCUCCUCAGGGAUAUCCUAAGGAAAAGGGCUUCACUUAUAGGAACGACACUGAGGAGUAGAUCCCUUAGUGUAAGUUAUCAUUCUUUUGUUUCAGGAUCUCUAUAUAGUCAAUACCAAAUGUAGAUAGAAAUUUAGUCAUUUUAAAGUUGAACCUCUUUAGGAUGGCCACCUUGCAGGGGCACCCAAUGAGAAUAUAGUUCAAAAGCACUUAAACAUAGCAUUGUUGAAUGUAUUUUAGCAUUUAAACGGUAGAUCUAUAUAGGCAUAUUUUUAUUCCCGAAAUAUUUUUCAUCUGUUCAGAUUUCCUAGGUGAAUGUCUAGUGAUCCAAAAAUUAUAGGGAUCAAGACUUACCUUUUCGAAAAUUUCAGCCGAGAAAAGGCUCCCAAAAUUUCUAGGUGACCUUUUUAGGGUAAAAAUCCUUUUAAAAUGAGCAAUUAUACCAUUUUUUAGAUGUUUGAAAAUCCCAGGAGAGGCAGGCAAGCAAGAAAUUUUACAAAAAAUGUUCUGAAAAUUCUAGAUCCCAAAUCGUCUUCAGAACAGAUAUUUUCCAAAAAUUGACGUUGGGUGCCCCUGACCUUGGGGACAGAAGAAAGUGGCCAUUGUGAAGAAGUGGCCAUUGUAGAGAGGUUUUAAACAAGAGUCAAUAUGUAUGGAUUUUUUGGUCAACGGGAUGAAAAACAGGGGCCGUUUUAGAGAGGUGGCCAUUGUAGAGAGGUUGGUGUUGCCGGAGGUUCGACUGUAGAUCAACUACAGCCAAACCCUGCUUCAUGGACACCUGCUUAAUAUGGACACCUCGUCAUUACGGAGAGCUUGCUUUGUCUCUUGGGAAAGAAAGCCGUUACAUUUUCUCUAAAUUCAACCCGCUUUCUACAGACACUCCAUUAAUACGGACACUUUCUAUGGCCCCACUCAGUGUCAGUACUAACCGGGUUAACAGUACAGAAUCCCUACAGUCAAUGUAGGUCACGCGUACCCGCAAGAUUACAUUAAUGAAUUGAUUAUUUAAAAAAUGAAUCCGGUAGUAGUUCCCAUAACAACAAAUCCACAUUCCUGCAUGCAUAAUGAGCAGUUCAACAAAUAUUGUACGAGAACUUCUCUAUAUCUUUUCAUAUUGAACAUUUGUGAAUAGCUGGUAGAUAUUUAAUUAACUACCUCGCUUGUGAAUUCACGGCUCAUUACACAUGCAAGAAUGCAGAGAUGAAUCUGAAAUCUACAACUACCAACAGAUUCAACUUCUGAAUGAUAAAUUCAUUAAUAAUGGAAUCUUGGGGAGUACACUUGACCUGGCUUGACUGUAAGUUAAUCGUUUUCUUGUACAAAUUAUAUUGUAUGUUAAACCUAAUACUAAUAUAAGAAUCCGAUACAAAACAAAUUCCGGUAGUUGUAGUCAAAUAAGGGGUAUGAAAUACAGUGAACCUCUCUAAAACUUUCACCUUGGGGACAGAAGAAUGUGCCCGUUGAAGAGAGGUCUUAAACAAGAGUCAAUGUAUGAAAUUUUUGUCCGCCGGGAAAGUGAAAGUGGCCGUUGUAGAGAGAUGUUGUAGAGUUGUGCCAGGUUGUUAUGGUAUUUUGUUAUCUCAAAACAAAAGUGAUAAUGGCUGGUUCACUUAUCAUUGGGUAUUAAAUUUCUUGCUACAGGCAUCAACUAAAACAUGGAAGAGGGCUAGGGGGUAGGAGUGUAGGGGAAGCAGUAGGUGGAAGAAAAAGGGGAAAUUAUGCAAAAAUGCUGAUUAUCUUGCGAUAAAAAUUAGGGCUAAAGGGGGAACACCAUGAAUAAAGGAGUGGGAGCAGGAAAUUCUAGGCACCCAAGGCGGAAGGUUUGGGCCCCCCACCCCCAUCUGAAAACAGCAUUGUGGUAUUAUUGCAGAAAGAAGACCCCCUGCAAGUACUUUUAUGAUGCCCUACACAAAAACGGCUUAUCGUUAUUCUUCCACAUUUUUUUGCAGUACAAAAGAGAACUGGUACGGGAGUUUUCAGAAAGAAUUGUUCCACAGUUGGCAAAUGGAAGACUAAAGACUAUCACGGAUUCAGUUUUCACCAUCGAUGAAAUCCAGCUGGCUCACAAAAGAAUGGAGUCUAAUGAAAAUAUCGGGAAAAUAAUUAUACAAAUUAGGCCAGAUGAUACAAAUACUGAAGAAACCAAAUCUGAACUCUAA